AUGGCGAAGAGUUUGACUUCAUCUCAAAUUUCUGAUGUACAACGGAAGGUGCUACUUGAAAAGAAGAAGAUGGCUAACGUUGCCAAAGAGUACAAUGUGUCGCCGAAAACGAUCAAGCGAUUUAGUUUUGAUGAAAACACACCGUUGAACCAGCAAUCCACAGGAGUUAGGAAGCAGCAGAUUAACUUGACAGUGCAGCAGAAGAGAGAUAUUCUGACAAAAAUUGACAAAGGAGAAAAAACGCAGGAUUUAGCUGUGGAGUACAGUGUUGAUCCCUCGACUAUCCGGAGAAUCAAGACGAGCAGAUCGGCGAUACUGAAGAGAGCCCAAGAAUUGGAUGAUAGCCAGCAAGUUUUGAGCAGCAAAAGAAUUCGUGUCGAAGAAAAUUUGCGAGAAAAGGUUUUGUUCGAGUGGUUCAAGCAGCUGCGCGCCGCAGGAGUUCCAGUAACGGGUGAUCUUCUCAAACUCAAGGCUUUGGAGGUCAAUAAAAUCAUCGGAGGACCAAGUGACUUCAAGGCAAGCAACGGUUGGUUGGAUCACUUCAAGAAAACGUACGGCAUCCGUCAAUUAUCGAUGCAAGGUGAAAAACUGUCGUCUGACACCACUGCGGCAGACGAAUUCAAGAUAUGGCUCCAAAAUCAUCUUCGAGAAAAUAGCUACGAAGAAGAUCAAGUUUACAAUGCCGAUGAAACUGGUACGCAUUACAAAUCAUUGCCAAAGAAGACAUUAGCAGCUGGCACUGAAAAACAGGCAUCGGGAUUUAAGGAGCUGAAAGAGCGUGUGACAGUGAUGUGUUGCGCCAAUGCAUCGGGCACACACAAAAUCACUCCUUUGGUUAUCGGCAAAUCAAAAAGUCCGAGAUGUUUUGCGAAGUUCGAGAAAGAGAAGUUGCCGGUAACAUACAUGAACUCCCUGUCAGCUUGGAUGGAUAGGAAACUAUUCAUGGAUUGGUUCAAGGACGUUUUCAUCAAGGAGGUACACGAGAAACAUCCAGAAAGCCGAAAGGUUUUAUUACUGCUUGACAACGCUCCGUUGCAUCCGCCUGCUGCUGAGUUGAACGCAAUCAAUGAUACAGUACAGGUGUUAUUCUUGCCUGCAAACGUGACAGCCCUGAUUCAACCUAUGGAUCAGCGGGUUAUUGAAAAGAUGAAGAGAAUGUUAAGAAAGAAGCUGCUACGAGAGCUGAUUCUGCAGCAGGAAGGAGAAAGUAUCAUCGAGUUGGCUAAAAAGCAGACAGUUAAAGAUUGCUGCUACCGAAUUGCGAGCUCUUGGAACUUGGUGACUGAGCAGGACCUUCGCAAUUCGUGGAAUAGGAUUUUCGGCCGGGCUACUUCUGAACAAAACAAUCAAGUAUCGAGUGAAGACGUCAAUCAAUUGGUUCAAUUACUCCAAAGUGUUCCUGAAUAUGCUGACUGCACUUUUGAAGUUGCAAAAAAUUGGAUCGUCGAGGACUAUCAAGUGAAUGGAUGGAAAAUUUUAGAUGUCCAAGAAAUUUACGAAAGAAUUACAUCGUCAAAUCAAGUUGAAGCCGAAGAUUUAAGCGAAGAAAAUUCUAUUCAUGAAGAUGAAGAAUCAAGUGAGUCUCUUCCAAAGGAAAUUUCUACUGAAGAAGCUUUUAAUGGUCUGAUGAAAUUCAGAGCGUGGUUUGAAAGGAGAUUUGAAUCAACUUCGACCCAUCUGAACAAUAUUCAAGAACUCAUGGAUAUUACAAUGGAUAUUUACAAUAGUGCAGUAUAA